UUGCCCAUACAAAUCUCCGACGCGGAGGUGCUCCUGGUCCACAGCAAAGAAGCGACUUCUCACACCCUCCACUGUUCGCAGAAGAAAUUGAUCAGGGACAAAGUUAAAAGUGGCUUCGUUGAUCCUCUACAACCAAUCCAUCUAGGGUUUCUGCCUUGAAGCGAAACAACAGCCACAUAUCGCUAUUAAACAAUCGAGGAAUGGGCGGGGGUAAGGAUAAAUCAGGGGGCCUUGGUCGCGCUCUCGUCCGGAAGCACAACCAGAUGGUGCAGCAAUCCAAGGAAAAGGGUCACAACCUCCGUCUUCAGCAGCGCAAGUUCCUCGAGUCCGUCACCGACAUCAGUGAUAUCGACGCCGUCGUAGAGCAGGCUGAGGAGGCCGCGCUCCUUUACUCCGCCGAGAACCCUGCUCCAACUCUCCGCAUCGAUAUAGAUGGGAGUAGUGUGAUAACGGAGGAGACGAGGCGACUGCAGAAAGAGGAAGAGGCAUUGCAUGCCAGUAGUCUCCGAGUGCCUCGAAGGCCACCUUGGAAUUCUAGGAUGUCUGCGGAGGAGCUUGAUGUUAAUGAAAGGCAGGCAUUUUUAGUGUGGCGGCGGAGUUUGGCAAGGCUCGAGGAGAAUGAGAGGCUUGUGAUUACUCCAUUUGAGAAGAACAUAGAUAUUUGGCGACAACUUUGGCGAGUGCUCGAACGAAGUGACCUUCUGGUAAUGGUUGUUGAUGCUCGAGAUCCACUUUUCUAUCGCUGUCCUGAUCUCGAGGCGUAUGCACAGGAGAUUGAUGAGCACAAGAGAACCUUGCUUUUGGUGAAUAAGGCAGAUCUUUUACCCCUCGCUGAGAGGAAGAAAUGGGCUGAGUAUUUCAAGUCUAAUGGCAUUCUCUAUAUAUUCUGGUCUGCAAAGUCUGCUUCAGCCAUUCUUGAAGGAAAAAGUUUAAGCAAAAAGUGGGAAGAAGAACAAUCAGCAAAAGAAUCUAUUUAUUCUGAUAUAGAUACUAAGAUAUAUGGCAGAGAUGAGCUCCUUACCAGAUUGCAAAUAGAAGCCAAAGCUAUCGUAUCUUCCCGGAAAGAUUCAACGGAAAUGGAAACUCAUGGAGCAUCCAAUUCCUUAGAUUCUCCUGCUGAACCAACAACUUCUGAACAUGUUGUUGUGGGCUUUGUAGGCUACCCAAAUGUUGGUAAGAGCUCCACAAUCAAUGCAGUGGUGGGUGGAAAACGCACUGGAGUUACUUCUACUCCUGGAAAGACAAAGCACUUUCAGACUUUGAUCAUUUCAGAAGAGCUUAUCCUAUGUGAUUGCCCUGGUUUAGUUUUCCCUUCUUUUUCCAGCUCUAGAUAUGAGAUGAUUGCAUCAGGUGUGUUGCCAGUUGAUAGAAUGACUGAACACAGAGAAGCUGUGCAGGUUGUGGCUAACAAUGUCCCUCACCAUUUGCUCGAGAAAAUCUAUAAUAUCAAAUUGCCAAAACCAAAGCCUUAUGAGCUGCAAUCCAGGCCACCCACAGCUGCUGAACUGUUGAGAGCUUACUGCUUGUCCCGAGGUCAUGUCAGCUCGAGCGGGCUUCCCGAUGAAACUAGAGCCGCCCGACAGAUACUAAAAGAUUACAUCGACGGGAAAAUUCCUCACUUUAAGCUUCCUCCAGAAACAGGAGAUGUUGAGGGUGAUAAUGGCAGAUCAGAUGAUGAAUCUGAUGAAUGCGAGUCCGAUGAAGAAGAAGAAGAAGAGUCUUCUUUAUCUAGUGCUGCUGGUUUUAGCGAGCAAAACCUUAAACAUGUUUUGGAUGAUCUGGAGUCAUUUGAAUUGAGUGGUGCAGUAACUUCAAACAAAGCUGCUGCAGCUGGAAGAAAUAAGAAGGUCCAGUCUUCAAAAGCUAAGAACCAUAAGAAACCACAGAGAAAGAAAGACCGUUCAUGGAGGGUGGGAAAUGAUGGUGGCGAUGGAAUGCCUAUUGUUGGAGUAUUCCAGAAGCCUGCUGUGAAUUGGGCAGGUAUCAGAGCAUCUACUUAAAAAUUUUACCAAGUAUGAAAUAACAUAGAUUCAGUUAUUUGAUAGUUUGAGUAGUUAGAUUUGUUUUAUACUACAAAUAACAGCUUUUCUCAUUGAUGAUUUCUGUAUUAUUAUUAUUAUUAUU